UCUGUUGGUCUGCAGACAAGAAUAUCUCGCCAGAGGAUUAUCAAAAUGAACAGAAAAGCAAAAGGAUUUUUAACAUGGGUCACUGCCAUCCUACUAACUACAAUCACAGACAGCACUGCUGAAGAUGCAAGGGUCACUGAUGUCCUACUAACUACAAUCACAGACAGCAGUGCUGAAGAUGCAAUAACAGUUAAUUUAAAUGAUCCGUGCAAUAACUACACUGCUCUGGAUCAACCCUGGAGAGCCACUAAUGCAACUGCAGAACUGUCGAUCUCUGACAGCAACUUCAACUGGAAUGGCUGGUAUCGGCUGCUGUAUUACGGGAUGAACAUCCGUAUGCCAGAGAGCUGUGAUGAUAAUUUCACAUGCAGUACAUAUUUCACUCUGUGGCUGAAUGGUCAUCAUCCUCAGAUAGUGGAUGGACCAGUCACUCGUGAGGUCUGUGCGAAUUCAGCCUCAGAUUCCAACUGUUGCUUUACGUCCACCUGGAUUCAAAUCAAAGCAUGUGCAGGCAAUUAUUAUGUCUAUGAGUUUGUCAGGCCAGACUACAACUAUGCAGCUUACUGUGCAGAUGUGAACACCAUUACUCCAACCACCACCCCAACAACUGCAAGCAGCACUGCAAUGUCAGCAGAUACUCCAAAAAACAACACGUCUGACCCCUGCAGUGUUUACAGUGUUCUUGAUAAUGACUGGAGAAAAUUGCACUCUAGUUGGUUCUUCGAUUUGGACUUCAGUUAUUUUGAUGACACUCUUGUUGAAUGGAGCGGCUGGUAUCGUCUGUAUCUUCAGGGAAAAAGUGCUCAGAUUCCUGAAUAUGAUUGGUGUUGGAGUUUUAUGUCCUGUGGUGGUUACACUGCAUUUUUCCUUGGUGGAUCUCAUCCUCGACUACAGGACGAUAUCAUCACCCGAGACAUUUAUGGAUACCAUCACUCUGUGGAAGAUCUCAGUCAAUGUAAUUCCUACAAAUCAAACCCAAUCCAGGUCAAAGCCUGUCCAGGAGAUUACUACGUCUACAGACUCGUCAAGCCAGCUGUAUCAAUUCCAGUGCCCACAUACUGUGCAGUAACAACUACUUUCUAUGAUCCCUGCAACAACUACACUGCUCUGGAUCAACCCUGGAGAGCCACUAAUGCAACUGUAGGUUUAAGGAUCUGGGACAGAUACUUCAACUGGAAUGGAUGGUAUCGGCUGCUGUAUAAUGGGAUGAGUGCCCGUAUGCCAGAGAGCUGUGUUAAUCCGUCCAGAUGUGGUACUGAUUUCCCUCUGUGGCUGAAUGGAUCUCACCCUGAGAUGAAGGAUGGAAUCGUCACUCGUGGAGUUUGUGUGAGUUUAGGAUGGGCCUGCUGUUUCAUCAGUUUCACCCCAAUUCGGGUCAAAGCAUGUCCUGGGAGUUAUUAUGUCUACGAGUUUGGCAAGCCAGACUUCUUCUAUACAGCUUACUGUGCAGACGUAAACACCAUCACUCCAACCAUCGCGCCAAUGACUGCAACCAGUGCUUCAGUAUCUGGAAUGAACAUUACAGAUACUCCAAAAAACAUCACGUCUGACCCCUGCAGUGUCUACAGUGUUCUUGAUAAUGACUGGAGAAAAUUAAACAGGAAAAAGUGCUCAGAUUCCUGA